GGAUCAAUCGCUUCGCAGAACACUUUUGCUCGUGCCCGCCCAUCUUCCCUGAUUCAUUCCAUCGCGCAUCACCGGAAGCGAGGACCCGGGUGACGGGGCGAGGGGUGUGUUUGCGGGGUUGAGUGAGCGGAGAAGAGAAAGGUCCGAGCACUCUGUUGUUCGUCCCUCGUCAAGGCGGUCGGCCCCUGAGUGCGUCCUUGCUCCUGGUCUAGGGACGGGAUUGCCUUCAGACAACCCCAUGAUGAGGAUGAUGAUCGUGUCGUCGAACAUUGUUGCUCAUUGUCACUUCAUUGUUCCCUACCUAUCCAUUCCACGACCCCCACCGCGGCCAUGUCCUCACGCUUCGUACCCCUCAGCCUCUUCGUCCUCGUCCUGGCCCUCAUGUCCCUCUACGGCGCGAAGGGUGCUCAGGCUGCCGAUCCCAAGUCUCUUUUGGGCGUGGCUCGCGACACGCACACUACUAGCCAGCACAAGCGCCACCGCGCCAUCAAGGAUCUGUACGACGGCAGAGCUCAUCACUUCCACAGCAACCAGCAUCAAAGCCCAAAUGCGCAGACGCAUAUGCGAGCGGGCAAGACGGCAUCGAAAGAGAUGAUGGGCUGGGGAUGGCAGAACAAGGUGGGCAAGUGCGGCAAGGGGAGUGAUCCCAAAUGCUCGUGGGGUCAAGAGAUCACGGCAAGUAUCACCCCUCGCGAGUCCCGAGCUGUCCAUCAGCAGAAGUUCAGCGCCGGGCGCGUCAACCAUCGCGAUUCGGUCCGCGUUUACAACCAGCGUCACGGUCAUGGGUCGGUAGGCGGAAAGGUCAAGGCAAUCCUGAAAGAUCCUAUGGCGGGGCUCGCAGACUUGCAGAUGAAUCAUGGGCUCGACUGAUAGCAGAUGUUGGGUGGUGAAUUGCCAUCCAAGGGAGCCCCGGAGGAGGUUGCGUUUAUUUCCAAACUGUCACACCAUGCUCAGCUUUCCAGAUCAUACCCGUCUCUUUCAAUGCCAUCGACAGCGUGUCUCACC